CUCAUUACGAUGCACUUGCUCGACUGCGUGCUCUGCCUUGGUGCGUGUACGAAAUGCACGGAAUACAAUGCUCGUGCGGCACGAACACGCACUCGCGACAGGUACACGCACGGAAAACGCAAACGGAAGGAGUAACAGAGUUGGAGAAAAAGCAGACGAAGAUAAACAGAAAUAGUUUCGGAUCAGUUUUCGAAUCGGAAGAUUACGUUUAUGCAAAUCGAAACGGACAGCUGCUGGUUAUAAAAUCGAAGACGACUUGGCUUUUUCGAACAUGCGAUCGAUGCGAACGACCGCGAUCCAGCGUACGUCACGAUCCUCCGUAUUAUCACGUUCGAUUCUACGUAAAUUUCUCGCACGUCAAUCGACAGUUUCUGCGGUCAGCGGAUGUCCAAGGUUCCCGAUGAAACGCAACGUGUCCCUGACGUGCAGUAACCGUGGACGAUCGCGGGCCACGUUCGAGGCGAUCGCGGACACGAUAUCGCUAAUGAAAUUUUCUCUCUUUUUUUUUUUUUUCUUAAGCUGUUU